AUGGCUGGAGCCCGGAGAGGGCUGGUGGCACCUCAGAACACUUUUCUGGAGAACAUAGUCAGAAGAUCUAACGACACCAACUUCGUGUUGGGAAACGCUCAGAUCGUGGACUGGCCCAUCGUCUACAGCAACGAUGGUUUCUGCAAACUGUCCGGGUACCACCGGGCCGAGGUCAUGCAGAAGAGCAGCAGCUGCAGCUUUAUGUACGGCGAGCUCACAGACAAAGAAACGACGGAGCAGGUUCGACUGACGUUCGAGAACUACGAGACGAACUCUUUUGAGAUCCUGAUGUACAGAAAGAACAGGACGCCCGUGUGGUUCUUCGUGAAGAUCGCGCCCAUCCGGAAUGAACAGGAGAAGGUGGUUCUCUUCCUCUGCACGUUUAAUGACAUCACAGCCUUCAAACAGCCAAUCGAGGACGACUCUUCCAGAGGUUGGGGUAAAUUUGCACGUCUGACCCGAGCUCUAACCAGCAGUCGAGGAGUCCUGCAGCAGCUCCAGCCGUCUGUACACAAGGGAGAAAACGUCCAUAAGCACUCGCGGCUGGCUGAGGUGCUGCAGCUGGGCUCGGAGAUCCUGCCUCAGUACAAGCAGGAGACGCCGAAGACGCCGCCGCACAUCAUCCUGCACUACUGCGCCUUCAAGACCACGUGGGACUGGGUGAUCCUCAUCCUCACCUUCUACACGGCCAUCAUGGUGCCCUACAACGUCUCCUUCAAGACCAAGCAGAACAACGUGGCCUGGCUGGUGGUGGACAGCGUGGUGGACGUCAUCUUCCUGGUGGACAUCGUGCUGAACUUCCACACCACCUUCGUGGGGCCGGCGGGCGAGGUCAUCUCCGACCCCAAGCUCAUCCGCAUGAACUACCUGAAGACGUGGUUCGUCAUCGACCUGCUGUCCUGCCUGCCUUAUGAUGUCAUCAACGCCUUCGAGAACGUCGAUGAGGGUAUCAGCAGCCUCUUCAGUUCCCUGAAGGUGGUCCGGCUGCUGCGUCUGGGCCGGGUGGCACGGAAGCUCGACCACUAUAUCGAAUACGGCGCCGCCGUGCUGGUCCUGCUGGUUUGCGUGUUCGGACUGGCCGCCCACUGGCUGGCCUGCAUCUGGUACAGCAUCGGCGACUAUGAGGUCAUCGACGAGGACCGGAACAUGGCGCGGCAGGACAGCUGGCUCUACAUGCUGGGCGAGACGGCGGGCACGCCCUACCGCUUCAACGUCUCGGGUUCGGGCCGGUGGGAGGGCGGCCCCAGCAAGAACUCCGUCUACAUCACCUCGCUCUACUUCACCAUGACCAGUCUGACCAGCAUCGGCUUCGGCAACAUCGCGCCCACCACCGACGGCGAGAAGAUCUUCGCCGUGGCCAUGAUGAUGAUCGGAUCUCUGCUGUACGCCACCAUAUUCGGUAACGUCACCACCAUCUUCCAGCAGAUGUACGCCAACACCAACCGCUACCACGAGAUGCUGAACAGCGUGCGCGACUUCCUCAAGCUCUACCAGGUUCCUAAAGGCCUGAGCGAGAGAGUGAUGGACUACAUCGCCUCCACGUGGUCCAUGUCCCGCGGCAUCGACACCGACAAGGUGCUGCAGAUCUGCCCCAAGGACAUGCGCGCCGACAUCUGCGUCCACCUGAACCGGAAGGUGUUCAAGGAGCAUCCUGCGUUCCGAUUGGCCAGCGACGGCUGCCUGCGCGCGCUCGCCAUGGAGUUCCAGACCAUCCACUGUGCCCCGGGGGACCUGAUCUACCACGCCGGCGAGAGCGUGGACACGCUGUGCUUCGUGGUGUCGGGGUCGCUCGAGGUCAUCCAGGACGACGAGGUGGUCGCCAUACUGGGUAAGGGUGACGUGUUCGGCGACGUCUUCUGGAAGGAGCUAACGCUAGCUCAGUCAUGCGCUAACGUGCGAGCGCUGACCUACUGCGACCUGCACGUGAUCAAGCGCGACGCCCUGCAGAAGGUCCUGGAGUUCUACACGCCGUUCUCCAACCACUUCUCACGCAACCUGCUGCUCACCUACAACCUCCGCAAACGCAUCGUGUUCAGGAAGAUCAGCGAUGUGAAGCGUGAGGAGGAGGAGCGUCUGAAGAGGAAGAACGAAGCCCCGCUCGACCUCCCCCCCGAUCACCCGGUGCGCCGCCUAUUCCAGCGCUUCAGGCAGCAGAAAGAGGCGCGGCUGGCUGCAGAACGCACCAAUCCCGACGAUCUCGACAUCGAGAAGGGCCACGCCCAUAACGACAUCAUAACUCACCACCCGGUACCCACCACCAGCAUCGUCACGGUUACAGAAAGCCCGGCGACACCAGUGGCGUCCAAGCCCGCUCCCGGUCGCAUCCCGAAUCUGUCGGACCGGUCGAAAUUACGGGCGCCCGACACGCUGGGCGUGUUCCAGUCGUCGGAGGGGCGCGCCGCGCGUGGGUGGGCGCGGCUCCGGGAGAACAGGGCUCAGCCGGAGAGCUGGGCUCACGUAGCCAAAGCCGAAUCUAUGGAGACGCUCCCGGAGCGCGGCUGCAAGUCAACCGAACCCGGGGUCCUGAAAAAGACCGACUCGUGCGACAGCGGGAUCACGAAGAGCGACCUGAGGCUGGACGAGGGCGGCGGGGCGAGGACGCCCGCGGCACGGAGUCCGGUCGGCCAACCGGACACGGAGCCCUCGCCCGGCGCCACGCCCACCCCGGAGUACACGCUGAACCACGCGCUGCAGGAGCUGCGGUCCGACCUCAGGGCUGAGCUGGCGCUGCUCGGGGGUCGCGUCCAGGCGAUGGAGUCGCAGCUGGCGGAGGUGUUACGGUUGCUCCGGCGCAGGACCACCGUACAGACUCCGCCCCUCUUCCACAUCUCGCACCCGGCAUCGCCCGACUCGGACAGGGAGGACAUCUUCUCCUGAGAUACGGGUGUGGUGCUCUCGUUUCCAUAACGACAGGGAUGUUUGUAUGUUUUGUAUGAUGCUGGAGGUUUCCGCCUUGGUCGCUCGUAUCAUUUAAUAUACAUCAUAUGGACAAAAGUAUUGGGACGUCAUAUAAAGCAAAUUAUAUGCAUCCAGCUUUGCAGCAGCAGUUUAGGGAAGGCCCUAAACUGACCGUAUCUGUACCAUAUCUGACCGUAUCAGACCGUAUCUGUACCAUCAGUGCUGGUUAUUAGAUAAACAGCCACGCCCUAAAAUCUAAAAUCUAUAGAUACUAAAUGAGACUCAUUACAGGCGCCAGAAUGUAUUACUGACUACAUUUCCCAGACUCCCUUGCUCCCUUGUUACAUGUGUAACUACGUGGUUUAAAUACACUGCAUGGUCAAAAGUAUUGGGACGCCCCUUCUAAUUACUGAAUAGACGUGUUUCAGCCACGACAGUUACUAUCAGGUGUAAUAAAUCAGUCAUAUAAAGGGAAUGAUGUGUAAUAAAUUAUCAU